UCACCAACGAGGCUAUAAUCAAGGCAACCCAAAAAAAUUAGGACAUUUCUUCAUUCAAACCAAAAAGAAGGAGACAUUGCAAUGGAUAUUUUUGGAGGAGCUCCUCGUCUUUUGGGCUAUCCCCGCCCUAUAGUGGCAAAGUGCGGCACAGUUGCAACACUAAGGUGCCAAAUUGAUGGUGACCCUCGUCCUGAUGUGAUCUGGGAGCGUAAAAGUGUCCAGAUCCUGUCUGAUGGACACUACAAGCUUUCUGAGGAGGGGAAAGCUUACCUUCUAAUCAUUAAUGGGGUGACUCUGCAUGAUGCUGGCCAGUAUAUUUGCAAGGCCAAAAAUAGCAUAGGUGAAACCUAUGCCGCAGCCUCCCUGAAAGUAGAAGGAGAGGCCCAGCCACAAGACGGGGGGCAAAGGCAAUUAGCAGUCAAUGGUGUGAAGCAGCCAACAAAGGAAAAUGGUGAGCUCCAAGGACAACUGAAUGGCUUCUGUACAAUGCCAAAUGGUGAACAUAGGAGAGAAAAUGGAGAAGGGGUGAAUGGAGAGCACAGGUGGAACAGCAAGUUAAAUGAAGCUCGAGAAGAGGUUGAUCUAACUUCUGAGGACAAACCUCGAUUUCUCAUCAAGCCUCUCUCUCUGAGGGUGGAUCGGGGAGAAGAUGCUGCCUUCUCCUGCAAAAUCUGGGGUACUCCUCUUCCAGAGGUAACAUGGGAGAAAGACGGGAAGAAGUUGAAUGACAUCUUUGAGAGCGCACACUUCAGCGUGAACAAUCAAGAUGGCGGCUGGUUCCAGCUCAAGAUCUACAGGACACGCAUGCCAGACAAAGGGGUCUACACCUGCAGGGCCACCAACUGCCAUGGUGAGGCCUUGGCAGGUGCUGUCCUGCUUGUUGAGCCUGUACCGGAGCGGGGCGACAGUAAGAAGUCCUCAAAUGGUCAGGCAAGCAGCCAAUGGUCGCCAAAGCACAGGGGCGGGAGGCUCAGCUUGUCAAGGCUUACAGAGGAGCAAACUGUCAAUGCUUCUAAAGCAAAGAAGUUUGCAGUGGCAGAGGGGAAACACGCCAAGUUCCGCUGCUUUGUAACAGGGAAGCCUAAGCCAGAGAUCAUUUGGAAGAAAGAUGGGGUUCCCCUAGAGCCAGGGAGGCGUCAUUUGGUAUUUGAGGACAGAGAGGGUUACUACACACUGAAGGUUCUGUACUGUAAAGUGCAGGAUACAGGACUGUAUGUGUGUGCAGCAUCAAAUGCUCUUGGAAACACACUCAGCGCUGUUCACCUGUCUGUGAAAGGCCCAGCUGUGCGGUUCAGGUGUCCUUUAAAAGACGUAGAGGUAAGGGAGAGGGAUGUGGCUGUGUUGGAGUGCGAGGUCCCUGAUGAGUCAAUCCCAUCAGCCUGGUACCUGGAGGACCAGCGGCUGAUGCCCAGCAGUAAGUACGGCAUGGAGCAGAAAGGAACCAGACGGAGACUGACCAUCCAUGAUGUUGCGACGGACGACGAUGGAGUGUAUCUCUGUGAGAUGCCAGAUGGAGCAAAAAGCAUUGCAGAGCUGUCAGUGAAAGGUACAAUUAUUCGUAAGCUUCCCCGAAAGCUGGAGGUCCUGGAGGGUGAGAACGCCGUGUUCUGCGUGGAAGUGGAAAGCGACGAAAUGGAGAUCCACUGGUUCAAAGACGGUUUGAAACUGCACGAGACUCAUCAAACGAUCCUGAAGUCUUUCGGAAAAACUCACAUUCUGGUCUUUGUCAACGUGACCUAUCAAGACUCAGGUGUAGUGACCUUUGUCGCAGGAAGCUCCAAGACCUCUUCACGUCUCAAGGUUAAAGCCACAAGACAUAGCCCUCCUAUCUGUCCUGUCGGAGUCAAAAUGGACGAGGAUCGCCCCAACAGUGCUCUGCUUACCUGGGUGCCAGCCCCCAACAGCCAGACCUCCACCCGAUCCAUCUUUGUUGUGGAGAGACAGGAAGUUGGCUCCCAAGAGUGGCAGAAGUGUUUCACCUCAGAGACUGCGACUACAGCUGAGGUCGCUGGCGACAGCGUGCCAUGUGAAGGCGACUACCGGUUCCGUGUUUGCUGCAUCAACAAGUACGGGAGAAGUGGUCAUGUGGAGUUUCCCAAAGCUGUCCAUCUGGUUCCUGGACCCAAGAUUCACUGUAACAUGAAAGGCUGUGAAGUUGUGGAAGGAGAAGACGCCCGCUUCUCCAUUGAACUGUCUGCAACAAUGGUUGGAACCUGGUUUUUAAAUAGCGCACAACUGCAACAUGGCGGCCGAUAUUCAGUACAACAGUCCCAAACAAAGCACUCAUUGGUUAUUCAUGAAACUCACGCUGCCGAGGACACAGCAGAGAUCACAUUUAUAGCCAACGGAGUCAGAGAUUCAGCUGUACUCAGAGUGAAACCUGCAGUCAUAAAAUUCAGUCCUCUGUCAGACUUAGACAGCAAAAAAAGGGUGGACAUAGGUGAUGCUAUUGUGCUCUACUGUGAAGUCUCCCACCCCUUUGCAAAAGUAUCCUGGUUUAAAGAUGGCAAGGAGAUGGAGGUGACCGAUGGUCUUAACAUCCAAGCAGACGGGAACAUGAGGAGAAUUGUGAUCCAAUCAGCUGAUGCAUCUCACUCUGGAGUUUACUCAUGUGAAACUUCUGGAGAUGUCAUCAAAUUCAAUGUGGAUGUUGCAGGUCGACCUGUGGAGUUUACUCCCGUCCCAGAAGAGGAGCUCCAUAAGAGCAGUAUGGAGCUGGACCCUGUGGUGCUGCUCUGUCAUGUCUCUGCAGAAGAUGCAGAGGUUGUGUGGUAUAAGGAUGGCUGUGAGGUAAAGCCCAGUGACAAAAUCACUCUGCAGGCAGAGGGGACCAUGAGGAGGCUGAUCAUUCGCUCUGCAGAGACGUCAGAUGCUGGAAGCUAUACCUGCCAAGCAGGAAACAACAACAUAGAGUUCACUGUCAAUAUCAAAGAGCCUCCAGUGAUGAUUGUUGAACCUAAGGAUGAUAUUGUGAUGGAGGGCUAUGUCUCAGAGGAGAUCCACCUGCAGUGUGAGUUGUCCCGAUCCAGUGGGAAGGUGUGUUGGUUCAAGGACGGCCAGGAGGUGGAGGAAAGCAACAACGUCCAGUUGAUAUCAGAAGGUCCUUACCGGAGGCUGAGCAUUCUCUCUGGCUCAGUGGAGGAUGGUGGAGAAUAUGUUUGCGAAACUGAUGGGGACUCUGUCUUCUUCCAGCUUUCUGUCAAAGAACCACUAGUAAGAAUAAUUUCCCCCAGUGAAUCUGACUUGGAAUUGACUCAUUUGGCCCCUGAGAGGCUGGAGCUCAGCUGUGAGAUCUCCCAGGCCGAUGCCCCUGUCCGGUGGUAUAAGGACAGCCUGGAGGUAGAGGAGGGUCCUGAUUUGAUCCUGAAGGUGGAUGGGGCCCAACGUAGACUGAUCAUACCUUUCACCACUGUGGAAGAUGCAGGGGAGUACAUAUGUGACACUGAAGAUGAUUCUGUUGCCUUCCUUGUGACUAUUACAGAGUCACCAGUGACACUUACUCGUCCCCAAAACAUGCUUGACAGACUGGAGAGUUUAACCGGCAAACCAAUCGUGCUGGAGAUCAAGGUGUCCCGGCCAAGUGCCGAAGUCACAUGGUGGCUAAAUGGCAGAGAAAUACAAGAGAGCAGUAACGUCACCAUCACAGAGGACGGACUGAUCCACCGUCUGACCAUCCACUCUCCUACCCCAGAGGAUUCUGGGAAGUACACCUGUGAUGCUGUAGAUGAUAAAAUUGAUUUCCAGGUCAAAGUUUCAGAGCCUCCAGUGAAGAUCCUAAGAAAGUCAGAGAUUAAGACAAAUCUAAAAUCUCUGAUUUCUGAUGACAUUGUGCUGGAGUGUGAGCUGUCCAGAGCUAAUGUCGUAGCCAAGUGGUACAAGGAUAACUGUCGUAUUGAGGGUGAUGAAAGGUUCUGCGAAGAAGAAGAAGGUGCUUUCCGCUCGCUGGUCAUCCUAAACACUGAGAUUGGAGACUCAGGAGAGUACUUCCUGGAUGUUGGAGAUGACAGCAUCAGCUUCCAGGUUACAGUAGAAGAGCCUCCAGUGAGAAUUGUGGGUAACUCAAAUGACCCUGACUACCAAGAGAUGAUGGCAGGGGAAGACCUAAUCCUGGCAUGUGAAGUGUCCCGGGCCAAUGCCCCUGCUCAGUGGUACUUCAAUGACCGUCUGCUUUCUGAAGACUCCCGUACAUAUAUUGAGACCUACGGCACUUUGAGAAAAAUUAUCAUCUCAAAUAUCCAGCCAUCAGAUUCUGGGAAAUAUGUGUGUGAUGCCGUGGACGACAAGAUGAUCAGCAUUGUCAGGAUUCAAGAGUCUCCAGUAACAUUUGUGAACAAGCAGGAUGACAUUGUUGUGACGGGGUAUGAGGCGGAGAGCGUGACAUUGACGAGCUACGUGUCCAAAGAAAGUGCUGUUGUGCGUUGGCUGAAAGACUGGUCGCCUGUUGAAGGAGAGCGUUUCAGAGCACUCACUGAGGGUCAUGAGCGCACUCUCACUAUCGACCCUUUGAGGCGCUCUGAUGCCGGCGAGUACACUUGCGACGUGAACACUGACCAGAUCAACUUCAGCUUGCUGGUGAAAGAAAUGAGAAUCAAGUUUGUGAGUCCUCUGCGAGACACUGUGGCCCAUGCUGAUGGUAUGGUGACCCUUCGUUGUGAGGUGUGCAAGCCAAAAGCAGAUGUCCAGUGGUUAAGGAAUGGCAUAGAGGUUGUUCCAAGCAGAAGGUUCUCCAUCCGGGCAGAUGGAGUUGAGCGAAGCUUGACCAUCCACCGUUUAACCAGAGAGGAUGCUGGGGAGUACGCCUGUGAGUCCAGAGAUGAUCGGACUGUGGCAAUACUGAGAGUAGAGAUGCCAAGAGUAGUGGAGUUCCUGACAGAGCUCCACAACACCACUGUUCUUGAAGGAGAAGAUGCCACAUUUAAGUGUGUUGUUUCCCCUGAGGAUGUCCAGUUGGUCUGGCUCAUGGACAAUGAGCCUAUCACCCUGGGUGAUCGUUUCCAGGCAAACCAGAACGGUUUGUGUCAAACCUUGGUAAUCAAAAAGUGUCAGAUGUUGGACUGCUCGAAGAUUACGGCAGAGGCUGAGGGACAAAUCAGCAAAGCAAGCCUCAAAGUUAACGAGGCCCAGGUCCUGUUUACUAAGAAAAUGGAGGCUGUAAUGGCAGAAGAGUUUGGUGACGCCACCUUAGAGACAGAGAUCAGCCUUGAGACAGGAGAAGUACAGUGGAUGAGGCAAGGAGUGGUCAUCCAGCCUGGUCCAAGACACACCCUAUCACAGAAUGGCUGUAAACGCAGUUUGAGCAUCCAGAACCUGACUCUGGCCGACCGGGGGACCUAUCGCUGUGAGACCCUGCAUGACCGGGCCCAGGUCAAGCUCAAUGUGGAACCCCGUAAAAUCUCCAUCCGCAAAGGCCUAACUGAUCAGGAAACCUUUGAACGAGAGACAGCCUCCUUCGAAGUGGAGCUCUCACACACGGAUGUGGAGGGAAUUUGGCAGAAGGAUGGCAUUCGAGUGAAACCGAACAACCAGUUUCGGGUGAGCACCAAUGGAUUAGUCCAUGGCCUCACCCUGUCAAAUCUCACCCUGGAGGAUACGGGCACUAUCGCCUUCUCAGCUGAAGGGGUACGCACCACUGCAAGGCUCACUGUCAAAGAGACUCCGGUGACUAUCCUGAGACCACUUUCCGAUGUUCGUGUGGAGGAGGAAUGCUCUGCCACUUUGGAGUGUGAAUUCUCCAGACAAAUUGUUGAAGUCAAAUGGCUUAAGAAUGGGACGGAGCUGAAGCCAGGAAAGAACUGUCGGAUCUACUCCAUGGGACGAAAGCGUUUCUGUCAGAUUUUGCUGUGCUCUCUGGCUGACUCUGGCUCCUACACAUGUGACACAGGAGACGUCAACACUUCCUGUUCACUGGAGGUUUAUGAGCACAAGUUGGAGUUAGUGCACGAUCUGGAGGACCUUUACAUCCAGGAGGACCACAACGCUGUCUUCAUGUGUGAGGUUUCUCUGGAAGACGUCCCAGGAGAGUGGUACAAAGAUGGGCACAAGAUCCGGCCCACUAGCACCAUCAAGAUCCGCACUGAAGGGACCAAACACUUCCUACUCAUGUGUAAUGUCACAGCUGAGGAUGCUGGGGAAAUCCGCUUUACAGCCAAGGAUAUAGAGUCCACGGCUUACCUUGAAGUGGAAGAACUUCCUGUCACCAUUGUGAAACCCCUGCGAGAUCGAACGGCCCUGGAGAAACACAGAGUGAUCCUUGAGUGCACCGUUUCUUCGCCUCGCUGCAGCGCCACCUGGUAUAAGGGCACAGAGGAACUUGCUCCGUCGGAUCGAGUUGAGAUCCUGGCAGAUGAAUGCUCCCAUAAACUAGUCAUCUUGCAGGCGUCAGUGGAGGAUGAGGGCACCUACAGCAUCGAGGUUGGGGAGCACACAUGUAAAGCCAAACUGAUGGUGGAAGCCCAAGCUCUUGUAAUUGUCAAAGAACUAGAGGAUGAGGAGGUGACUGAGUCGGAGCCAGCAUGUUUCCAGUGCGAGGUAUCUGUCGACAUAAACAAGGCCCCCGUUUGGACUCUGAAUGGAGAGGCUCUUCAGGCAGGCCCCUUCGUUCGUGUUGAAAGCCACGGGACAGUCCACAAACUCACCCUGAAAAACACCAGCAUGGACAUGAGCGGGGUGGUCAAGUUCACCAUGGGCAAGGCCAAAAGCAGCGCCACACUCACUGUAAUGGAAAAGUAAGGGGAGAGGAAAGUAAAGCAUUGACUUUGAACGAAGAAAAGAAACUGAAGACUGCAAAAUUGUGAAUUGCUCAGAAGUCUCUGGAUGGCCUGCAUCUCUCUGUUCUGACUUGAGUUUGAAUUGAGAGUUCUUAGUGAAGUAAUGUAUUCUGAAGCAUGUUACUUCAGUGAAGUUAUUCCUUUUUUACAGUGUAGAUUGUAUUUACUUGCCUUUUAAAGAUUUAUAAUUGCCUUUACAAUAUUGUAUACAAAUAAAACCCCCACUGAAUAAAACACAAAAUAAAUAAACAGUGUUUAUUA